UUUUUGCAGUUACCGAGCGAGUUGAAUUGUUUGGCGGUGGAGGAAGGCAGCCGCGCAAUAACCGGACGGUACCGAAAGAGACGGCCGCGGGUGGUGGUGCGCGUGAUCACAUAGCGGGGUCUCAGGAGGAUCUCACUGGAGACGAAAGGACGAGAGCGAGUUGGUUGUGCGGCCGCACAGAAACCGGGAUACGACCGGUUGGUACGUACGUAUCGUCCACGUGCGCGGACGUCCACGAAGGAGCACAACGGCGAACGAGUGAGCGUCUCUCACGCGCGAAUUGUGAAGGCGGCGGGCAGCGGAGGAUUGAUCAUCGAUCGAAAUAAACCGGAACGGGACCGUGUGUCCGUGAAACGGAGACGUCCCGUAAACGUCGUGAUACCGUCGGCCGAUCGGGCCGUCACUUUUUAAGCCGGGUGUCUCGUCCGUUUGAGAACGCGAUCACUCGUGAGACAAAAUGUCGGUGGACGCGCUCAGCGAUUCCGAGCUUCGGACGAAGCUGAUGGAGUACGGGUAUCCGGUGGGACCGGUGACGCAGACGACCCGCAAGAUACUCGCCAAGAAGUUAAAGAACCUCAUGGAGGCCCGCGGCAGCGGCGGAGGGGCAGGAGGAUCCCGGCAUUCGUUAGCCGCCAGAUAUAGCAGCGACGACACAGACGACGAUACAAACACGAAUGUUGUUAAGAAGAAGAAGAGUACAAAUCUGCGUCGGCAAACAUUGGCAAAUCCUAUGCCUCCACCUUCGAUUAUUCCCCCUGAUGUUGCGAGUGUUACAAAAAAUCCAGUCAAGGAGAAUUUGUCGCCACCACAUUCUGAGUUCAAAGAUCCUAAUGUGACGAAUUUUGACUCAAGCAUGCCUUCUGUGACUCGUACAACUUCAAAAACUACAUCGAGCAAAUUUAACAAGACACAGAAAACUUAUGUAUCUGAUGGUUUAGAAACUGGAUCGGACUCGGAUGUCGUGGAGGAUGCUGGAAGUUCAUAUGGACGCUCAUACGAUAAGUAUUUGUCCAAUCCAAGCAGCAGACUGUAUGAUUCUCGAGUAUACGAUCGCGGGACUUUCGAUUACGAUCAGAUAUCUAAAACGAGGCCAUCUUAUGGAUGGAAGGACAGCAAAUACAAUGUAUCUCCUUUGAAGCCAAGCGUCUCUCCGAUUCAAUCCACAAAGGAAGACGUGAGUGGAAGGGACAAUACGAAUCAGAGGGAUCUUCUUGCAAAUUAUGAAACUCCAUUUUUAUCAGAGUUUACAAGGAGACUCAGUUCACAAUCUUUAAUAAACACAAAUACACCACCAUCAACGUUGUCCAGCUUAAAAAAUCCUACAUUACGCCAUACUUUGACUUCUGGUUUACCAGAAGUGAAAGAGAGAGAUUCGAAUGGUCACUUCUCUUCCUUAAGGAACAUGUAUUCGUCAACUCAGCUAAGCUCGAGAUAUACUGCAUCGUCCGCUGACAGGGUUCGAGAUAUUUUCAGUAGAGCGACAUAUAAACCGACGACAAAUACAGACAUGGAGAAUGUACGAAAUAAUCAGAACAUCGUAUCGAUGGGCCUCGUGGCAGUACUUGCCCUAUUCUUUGUAGUUCUUGCAAUAAUAUAUUUGGGACUUGGUGGGGAAACCGAGACGCUUCCAUCGCUUUCAUCGGAUAACAACAUACCGCAAUGUUUCUUUGAUGGAGCUCUUGAUCUUAAAGCGCCUGGAGUAAAUUGUAUAAUGAAGGAAAAUAUAGAAUCUGUGUUACAAUUGUUAAGACAUUUGCAACCCAUUCUAACGGGAAAAACGAUAUCUAAAAUAUGCGAAAAUUCGAAUGAGAAACCAUACUUGACUAAUGCGGAUAUAGUGGAAAUGUUUACGAGCGAGAAAGUGACAAGCCUUGAGGUGAAGGAGGACUUGCAUAGCGCGCAAUUUUUAAUCAUUAAGAAUCCGAAAUGGGGCAUUUCGCUUAUCGAUGUAAAUGACGAUAAUGGAGCAACCAUGGAAAUAUUGGAUACUUUAGAUAAAUUAUUUUCCGCUCGUCUAAAUGGAAAAAUUGGAAUGGCAAUUUUAAAUCCUGUGCUGCCAAUGCAAUGCCUUGUUAAGAACAAAAUUUUUACCAUCAUUUCUUCUGCUCUUAUAGUGGCAAUCGGUAUCGGAAUUUAUAAAUCGUACUUUUGGUACCUAAGAUACAAGAAAAAUAUGGAGAGAGAAGUAUUUAAGCUUGUUAGCGAUAUUAUAAGUAUCGUUGAGACACAUCACCAAAAUGCGUCCACGCAACCCGGCGCGCAGGAAACUUUCCUUGCUAUUAAUCAUGUGCGAGAUAAUCUUAUUCCACCAAAAGAUCGUAAAAGAAUGACCAGCCUUUGGGAAAAAGCAGUCAAGUUUCUAGAUGAAAAUGAAUCCAGAAUUCGAAGAGAAGUGCAGCAAGUGGCAGGUGAAGAGUUUCAUGUCUGGCGAUGGUUGCCAAAUAAUGCUUUGAAUAAAUCUCCUGUGCAAAACGCGGCUUUGGGUAAGAAACCGAAGGUCUGGCAAGGACAAGCGUUCGAAACGAUGGAGGGGUCAGUUAAUAGCUUGACUUGUUCGCCGACACCCUGCUUGAAAAUCAGGCACAUGUUUGAUCCAGAUAUCGAAACCGAAGACGACUGGGAAACGAGAGUGCAAGAUGCCAUCUUAGAGAAGUGUGGGGAGGGUGUAAAGAUACUUCACAUUCGAGUAGACAUUGGUAGCCGUGAAGGUUGCGUUUAUAUGAAAUGUAUGUCGCAGGAAGAUGCUGGCAAAGCUUACAGGGCAUUACAUGGUUGUUGGUUCGAUGGUAAUUUAGUGACUGUGAAGUACCUGAGAUUAGAGCGUUAUCACGAGCGAUUUCCAGAUGCCGCCCGCUGCGUGACGCCUCUCAAGCCAAGUAACAAUCAACGAUUAUCCAUGCAAGCGCAUUACUGGCAGAGUCCGGCGGAAGCAAAUUAA